AUGACAGUCCUUAGCGUUCAGAUUGGGCAGUGUGGGAACCAAUUGGGGCGAUCAUUCCUAGACACAAUUUAUAACCACAUAUGUUCUUCGAAGAAUGAAAGCUUCAGAAGUAAAUUGACAGAUAUGUAUUUUGAUGAAGAGUACCAAUAUGGCAAUAACAUUUUUCCAAUUAUAGAAUAUGAAGAUUACAGCAACACAAGGAGAUCAAUUGUAAGCGAAAGUAACAAUGUGAUGUGCUUAAGUAAUUACAUAGCUAGAUGUAUUUUAAUUGACAUGGAACCCAAGGUUAUUGAAAAGUGCCUUUACGGAGACAUUUCUGAACAUAGAGUUGUUGAUAAUAUGAACGAGUACAGGACGAAGAAAAAGAAAGAAAUGUGUGAUAACAUUGAGGAUGCCGAAUCACAACAAAAGUAUGUUUGUGGAAUGGAAGAAUACUAUGAACCGUCCAACAAUUUGUUGAAAAUAUUUAAGCAAGACAAAUCCGUGGAGGUAUGUUCCAACACUGUAUCUUGUGAUAAUCGAAAAGAGGAGUCAUGCGAAUGUUCACUAUCAGGGCAGUUAUGUGGGCAUAUGGGCAUCGGAUCAGAAAGGACAAAUGCAAGACGCAAGCGAGAAUACACUGUAAACACAUGGAAGUAUAACAACAGAAGUUUCAUUUAUGGCCUGAACGGGUCAGGUAAUAAUUGGUCAUACGGAUUUAAUGUGCAUGCAAAGAACAUAUGUGAACAUUUCUUAAAUUUGAUGAAUAAGGAAAUGGAAAAAAAUGAAAGUAAAGAAAAUAUUGACAACAUAUUGUUGUUCCAUAGUCUAGCUGGUGGAAGUGGAAGUGGGAUAAGUUCUUACAUUUCUUAUCUACUCAAAGAUGAAUAUCCCAAGGUUAAUUUAUUUAAUGUUUGUGUUUUACCUUACAUGUUCGGAGAAAUAAGUGUUCAGAGUAUGAAUUCGAUACUUUGUUUAUCAUCUUUAUAUGACGUGUCAGAUGGAAUAGUUCUUUUCGAAAAUGAUAAAUUUGAGUUAAUGUGCAAAAGAAUAAAUAAUGAAAAUAUAAACACAGACGAGAUAAACAGGUACAUUAGUCUAUUUUUGGCUUACACUAUAGGAUUGCCUGUUGAUUUUUCAAACCUACCAUGUGCAGGUGGAAGUGCACGUACAAGUGCAGGUGGAAGUGCACGUACAAGUGCAGGUGGAAGUGCAAGUGCAAGUGCUAGCACAAGUGGGUAUAAUAAAUAUACCAAUGUUAUGAAUUCCGUGUUACGAGAUUUAUGUUGUCAUCCAAAUUAUAAAUUAUUAACAGCUCGUUAUCUACCCCAAGUAUUUGAAGAAAAUAUGAAAUUCGAACAGAACUCGUUCAAUAUGCUACUUAAACGUAUGCACAAAAUGUUGAUAAGUGGUCGUGUUCUGGAUUAUGACAUUCCAAAUAAUAGAUGUACAGCUCCCGGUGUUGCAAGCGCUUAUUAUGCAACGGAAAAUUUUAAUGUGGAUCCAUAUUUUGUUCGCUUAUCAUCCAGAGACUUACGUAACAGUUGUGCUUUUUUGAAACAGAUUCAUAUACCUAUAUAUUUACGAGAAUCUAUAAGUAAAUCUUAUUUAAUUUCACAACAAAAUUCUAUGCUUUUGAAAAAAGGAGUAAAAAAUUAUUCCAUUCGCGGACAGACAAAAAAUUAUGCCCCUACAGGAGGAGGAUCCAUAUCCACUACAAAUACUUCAACCGUAAUCAAUAUGUCUAACAUGAAGAAUAGAGGAUCUUCUCCUAUCGAUGUUCCGAAUAGAACACAUCAUCAUUUGGUUGGGUCAUCCGAUGUACAAAUAACUAAUGGUACGCACUUUCUGCACAACAAUGUAGUGUUUUCUUCCAAAAUGAUGAUGCGAGGUGAAAUACAAGAAAAUAUUAACUUUGAUUUAUUUAAGAGUCAUGUCUUGUACAGUAACAAAUCGUUAAAUCCGAUAGAAGUGUACAUUGAUGACAGUAAAGAAUUUUCCUAUAACAGCUUAUCCAUGAUAUCAAACUGCUUGACCCCUAUACCAACGUUGAAGAAAAUUCUGGAAAAUGCAAAGAUGUUAUACGGUUCAAAUGCGUACAUGUAUCAGUAUAAUGCUUAUGGGGUGUCUCACGAUCAAGUUCACACUUCUCUCAUGGCCAUUGAGCAGGUGAUCAGUUCAUAUGAAAGUUUUUCCAGCGACUAG